CCUCCCGGUGGAGAUUCUGACUUCCACUAAUGACCACCAACAUCAUCUCCACCUCUGUCAUCAUGUCACCGCGGAAAAGGCCCCUGGUUCCCGUGAGCAGCCGACGGAAAGCGGUGGACGACUACUUCCCUUUCAACCUCCUGCCGGUGGAGUGCCAGCUGCAUGUCUUGUCUUUUCUGAACGAGGUGGAUAAAUGUAGCUGCGCUCUGGUUUGCCUGAGCUGGAGCUGCCUGGUCCGCUCGUGGAAGCUGUGGCGGGUGGCAGACUAUUCCCGUCGCGGCGUCUUCCACCUGGGUCAAGAGGGGCUGCUGGUGUCCAACCGCGAGUUCGAGAGGUGGAAGUCUUGGGUGCAUCAUUACACGCACCACCUCAUCUCCCGGAGGGCUAGCCUGCUCACGCUGAAGGCCAGCUUUGACUUGGGGGAUCGCUGCAACAAGUGGGGUGAGCUGCUGAGCCACCUGCUGGAUAACAUUCACUGCAGGGACCUCAGCCAUCUCGACCUCAACUGGACUUUUACUCUGCUGGAGCCGCUGGACCUCAGGGUCCACUCCAGCUCUAGCUCCCAUCAGGACAGCAUCACCAAGAUGGACCAGGUGACCAGUUUCCAGGAGCUGCUGACCAAACUCACACACAGCUGCCCUCGCAUCUCCAAAAUGCGCUUACACUUCGACUGGUCAGACUUAUCCGUGUCGCUGCUCACCCAGUUCCAGCAGCUUCGGGUCCUCGAGCUCAAAUACUUCUGGGUCUUCAAAGGAGUGACUCCCUCCACGCUGCAGACUCUCACUAAAUCUCUGCCUAACCUGAAGUCUCUGACUCUGCACAUCCUGGUGCCUCUGAGGAACCUGGGCAUCUCCUACACUCUGGAGUCGCUCUCUCUGGAGUUCCUAGACGUGUCGCCAAGUCGCGGUUUGGUCUUCUCCUGUCUGAAGCUUCCUGCCCUGCGCGAGCUACGAGCCAAGAAGAUCGUCCGUGGUAUUACACUGGACCGGCGGACCAGGCUCAGGAUCCAGAGCCGGUGGCCCUGCCUGUACCACGUACUCCGAGAGGGGACGCCCAAGCUCCAGGCACUUAACAAUGAGAGGCUCCUCCCCACGUGGAGAGAGGAGAGCUAUGGAGAGCUGUCUGCCAUCCUGGAACAGUCCUGUUACUGCAUCCAGCAUCUAGACAGCUGGCUGUGGUAGAUGAAUCUAUGACUUACAUUAAAUCAAACGCGUACUGGUCAUUUACCGGUAGAUUCCAGAAAAUACACACUUUGACCCUAUCUGAAUGAACUCAUUAUUUACACAGACAGAUGCAGUAUAGUUGAGAUACAGAUGAGAGCUGAGACUUGAAGGUAAAUCAAAGGACUGCAGGAUGUUUCCAGCUCUGCCACAAGAAUUUGA